AUGGAUAUGGUGGCUUCUGAUAACGUGUAUGCCCCUCUCUAUGCACCAUUCUUUGGUUUUGCAGGCUGUGCUUUAGCAAUGAUUCUGUCAUGUUUGGGUGCAGCCAUCGGUACAGCAAAAUCUGGUAUAGGUAUUGCAGGUAUAGGUACAUUCAAGCCAGAACUUAUAAUGAAAUCUUUGAUUCCGGUUGUUAUGAGUGGUAUUUUGGCCAUUUACGGGCUUGUGGUAGCUGUACUUAUCGCAGGUAAUUUAUCCCCUACUGAAGAGUAUACGUUGUUUAACGGUUUUAUGCAUCUAAGCUGCGGGUUGUGUGUAGGAUUUGCAUGCCUAAGCAGCGGCUAUGCCAUUGGUAUUGUCGGCGAUGUGGGUGUUAGAAAGUAUAUGCAUCAGCCAAGAUUGUUUGUCGGUAUUGUUUUAAUCCUUAUCUUUUCUGAAGUCUUGGGACUUUACGGUAUGAUUAUUGCUCUGAUAUUAAAUACCAAAGGAUCAGAAUAA